UGCUUUAUAAAGAGCGAAGAGGUCCUAAGGUACUUUAGUGAAGUCUUGAUUUUGCCUUGUGUUGUAUAAGAGAUGAGAACGCAUACCGAAAUGGGGAAAUUCUGUACAGUAGUGUACACAUUAGUCAUAUUAUGGUGUUGUACGCUAGGAGCAAAUGGGGAUACUAACACCAAUUCCGCUCAAUCCGCUUGUGCAACCAGCGACCUUUUCAAAAUUAUUUCGGGUACUCAGAAUACAAGAAAAAUUAAUCCAUUCAGUCCUAUCCUGCCUGUAUAUGUGAGUGCAGAUGCCAUAAAUAUUAAUGUUUCAAUUAAUUACUGGGAUUCAAAUACCGAGGAGAUUAAACAUAAAACACAUAAAGCGCCAAUCAAAAAGAUCAGAAGUGAUUAUACUUUGACGGAAGGCAUAGGCUAUCACAAAUUCCACAAGACGAAACGAAACUGGAAUGAUGCUCGCAAAUCUUGCAUCGCUGAAAAUGCUCAACUAGCAGUUAUCAAUUCUGCGAAGGAGGAGAAUUUAUUGCGUCAACUGAUAAAAGUGAAUACAGAAGCAGAUAGAGAAUAUCAAGCUUUCAUAGGUGUACACGAAUUAUUCCACAAAGCAGAUUGGGUGACCGUUACCGGUGAACCUUUGCGCAGAACAGGACAUGAUGUAUGGGCACGUGGAGAGCCGAAUAGCUACCUCGGAACGGACGAGGACUGUGCCACUCUAGAUAAAAAUCGAGGAAUGAAUGAUGAGUCCUGUUAUUAUCAAUAUUACUACAUUUGUGAAAUACCUUUAUAACCCGAAGAGUAACUGUAAUGUUAUUAUCUGACUCUACUUGCCUAGAUCUGUGAAUCGUUCUUUAAGAAUUAAAUAAAGAAUAUUUAAUCCUUCAGUUUUCAAUAUAAUUUUAUUUGGCAGCGAUAAUAUUUCUUCCUUUUUAGUCUACACACUUUUCUUACGCUGUUUUACCAAUGCACGUUCCCUGUCAAAACGGAGCUUUUUAUACACUGAGAUUGGAUUUAUGAAAAUUGUUCGCAUUCCUGUUCUUUUGGCAUUACCUGUAAUGCUAGCAAUUAGUUCAUGGUUUAGAGGAUGUAUCUGCAGAUCAUACUAAUAAACCGGCGGUAUAACAAGUA